CAAGAAAAGCCCUAGCCGUCUUUACAUUACAUUUCUCUCUUCAGACAUUCUCAGUUUUCUCUUGCGAUCUGCACCACUUCAUUCAUUUCCACCAUGUCGGAAACCGAGACUUUCGCCUUCCAGGCCGAGAUCAACCAGCUCUUGAGUCUCAUCAUCAACACUUUCUACAGCAACAAAGAGAUCUUUCUCCGUGAACUUAUCAGCAACUCUUCUGAUGCUUUGGACAAGAUCCGUUUUGAGAGUUUGACUGAUAAGAGUAAGCUCGAUGCUCAACCAGAGCUCUUCAUACACAUUAUUCCUGACAAGACCAAUAACUCAUUGACCAUUAUUGAUAGUGGAGUUGGGAUGACAAAGUCUGAUUUGGUGAACAACCUUGGUACCAUUGCAAGAUCUGGUACUAAAGAGUUCAUGGAAGCUCUCUCCGCCGGUGCUGAUGUGAGUAUGAUUGGGCAAUUCGGAGUUGGGUUCUACUCGGCUUAUCUAGUUGCUGAGAAGGUUAUCGUCACCAGCAAGCACAAUGACGAUGAACAGUACGUAUGGGAAUCUCAAGCUGGUGGGUCUUUCACCAUCACCAGAGAUACUUCCGGUGAGGUUCUUGGACGUGGUACUAAGAUCACCCUUUACCUGAAGGAAGAUCAACUUGAAUACCUUGAGGAACGUAGAUUGAAAGACUUGAUCAAGAAGCAUUCUGAGUUCAUCAGCUACCCGAUUUCUCUCUGGGUUGAGAAGACAACCGAGAAGGAGAUCUCUGAUGAUGAGGAUGAAGAAGAAAAGAAGGAGGAUGAGGAAGGAAAGGUUGAAGAAGUUGAUGAGGAAAAGGAGAAGGAAGAAAAGAAAAAGAAGAAGAUCAAGGAGGUUUCUCAUGAAUGGUCGUUGGUUAACAAACAGAAACCUAUCUGGAUGAGGAAGCCAGAGGAGAUCACCAAGGAAGAAUACGCUGCUUUCUACAAGAGCCUGACUAACGAUUGGGAAGAGCAUUUGUCCGUUAAGCACUUCUCGGUCGAAGGCCAGCUCGAGUUCAAGGCUGUCCUCUUCGUCCCGAAGAGAGCCCCAUUCGACUUGUUCGACAACAAGAAGAAGCCCAACAACAUCAAGCUCUACGUCCGUCGUGUGUUCAUCAUGGACAACUGUGAGGACCUUAUCCCGGAGUAUCUCAGCUUCGUGAAGGGUAUAGUCGACUCUGAGGAUCUCCCACUUAACAUCUCCCGUGAGAUGCUACAACAAAACAAGAUCCUCAAGGUUAUCCGCAAGAACUUGGUGAAGAAAUGUCUCGAGAUGUUCUUCGAGAUUGCUGAGAACAAGGAGGACUACAACAAGUUCUAUGAAGCCUUUUCGAAGAACCUCAAGCUUGGAAUCCACGAAGAUUCCACCAACAAGGGGAAGAUUGCUGAGCUCCUCCGUUACCAUUCCACCAAGAGUGGUGACGAGAUGACGAGCUUGAAGGAUUAUGUUACCCGCAUGAAGGAGGGACAAGAGGAAAUCUUUUACAUUACUGGUGAGAGCAAGAAGGCUGUUGAGAACUCUCCUUUCUUGGAGAAGUUGAAGAAGAAGGGGUAUGAGGUUCUCUACAUGGUUGACGCCAUCGAUGAGUAUGCUGUCGGUCAGUUGAAGGAGUUUGAGGGUAAGAAGCUGGUGUCUGCGACCAAGGAAGGUUUGAAAUUGGGCGAAACCGAGGAUGAGAAGAAGAAGAGCGAGGCUUUGAAGGAGAAGUUCGAGGGUCUCUGCAAGGUGAUUAAGGAUGUUUUGGGUGACAAGGUUGAGAAGGUGGUUGUUUCUGACAGAGUUGUGGACUCGCCCUGCUGUUUGGUUACUGGGGAGUAUGGAUGGACUGCUAACAUGGAGAGGAUCAUGAAGGCGCAGGCUUUGAGGGACAGCAGUAUGGCUGGGUACAUGUCGAGCAAGAAGACAAUGGAGAUUAACCCGGAGAAUGUGAUCAUGGAGGAGCUGAGGAAGAGGGCUGAUGCUGACAAGAACGACAAGUCUGUUAAGGAUUUGGUGCUGUUGUUGUUCGAGACUGCCCUGCUUACUUCCGGGUUUAGCUUGGACGAGCCGAACACAUUUGGAAACAGGAUUCAUAGGAUGUUGAAAUUGGGGCUGAGCAUUGAUGAUGAUGAAGCUGGUGAAGGAGAUGAGGAGAUGCCUGCACUUGAGGAGACUGAUGCUGAUGCUGAUGGUAGCAAGAUGGAGGAGGUCGACUAAUUUGGUCGGUCUGAUUUGAUUUGGUCCAUGGGUUCUCUGAUUUAAGUUUCUAGGAGGGAGUUUUUUAAUCAUUAGUUUGAUGAACUGGGUUUUUUUUUAUCUUUUUUUUUUUUUUAUCUUUUUUAUAUUUUGAAGUGAGUUUGUGUUUCCGGUACUCUGGAUAAUUAUAUCAUUAUGAUUUUGUUAUCAAGUUAC